UGACGUGAACACUCCCAAACCUCACUCAGUCACUCGCUGCUGCUGCUACCCGGAUUUCCUUUGAAAACACCGACAUGCAGCUCAUAGCCGAGAGGACUUUGAACAAUCUUAAACCGCUUUAAUCCAACCUGCAGUAGCUGACCGUGUGGCUGCAACGCUUAUUGACUAAAUGGCCUUGCUUUUGUUUGGAAGACGUUUGUUUAAGUGCAGCAGAGACGUCGGGAAGAUCAUGGAGGCGUCGCAGCUGUACUGCUCUUCAGCUUCCUCGGGCAAGCGGCGUGUUAACAGCGUUGAUCUGUACUAUGAGCAAACAGGACAAGGGAAACAUGCUGUUCUUCUUUUUCCUGGUGCCCUGGGAAGCACAAAGACAGAUUUCGGUCCACAGCUGAAGUCUCUGAACAAAGAGCGUUUCACUGUGGUGGGGUGGGAUCCCCGUGGAUAUGGGCAAUCCCGUCCUCCAGAUCGAGACUUCCCUUCUGACUUCUUUGAGAGGGAUGCAAAGGAUGGAGUAGAUCUGAUGAAGACUCUAGGUUUUAAGAAAUUCUCUUUGCUGGGUUGGAGCGACGGGGGAAUCACUGCUAUGAUUGCAGCUGCAAGGAACCCUGAGCUGAUAAAUAAGAUGGUCGUCUGGGGAUCUAAUGUCUUCGUUACUCAGGAUGACCUCAAGCUUUACAACAUGGUCCGUGAUGUCUCCAAGUGGAGUGCAAGAAUGAGGCAGCCCAUGGAGGAAGUGUACGGAGCAGAAGCAUUUGCCAAAAUAUGGGAGAACUGGGUGGAUGGCAUUGCUCAAUUUGCAAAGAGACCAGAAGGAAAUAUCUGCAUGGAACUUCUACCUCUUAUCAGUUGUCCAACCCUGAUCAUACAUGGAGAGAAAGAUCCUAUGGUCCCCAGCUUCCACCCUCAGUACCUUCACAAAAACAUAAAAGCAUCACGGUUGCAUCUAAUGCCAGAGGGAAAGCAUAACCUCCAUCUGAAGUAUGCGGAGGAAUUCAACAAACUAGUUGAAGACUUCCUGAAAGACUGAGGCAGAUCAUUAGUUGUUUUAUAGCCUGCGAAGCCUGGCGAAGAAAAUCUUCAUCUUGGAUCCGUUUGUUUAAUUUUCUCAAAUUGUCUUUUUUUUAAUUUUUUUUUUUAUUUACAAAUAGUCUCACAGCUUUUAAUUCUGAUGAGUUCUAGUUGUUGACUGCAAACUCAACAGUGAGAUUUUGUCAAUCAUACAGCAACAACAUGGUGAAAAGAGAAGGCUCAUUGCUUCAAAGAAUAGUGAACCUCACCAUAUUAAUAAUGGUUACACAAGCAUCUGUUAUGAUUGGGAGUCCUUUUCAGAUUUGAGCAGGCUGAACAGAUAUGUUACGUUAGUAAAAUCUAAAAACUUAUCUUAGUUUGAUGAUAAAACUAGUUUGAUUAUCUGAAACAUUUAAAUGUGACCAAAAAAGAAUACAUUUUUAUAUGUGGAAACAAUUGUUAUAGAACUAUGAAAUCAAAUGAGUUAAUCUCUUAGCA